GCGACGGUUGCAACAACGACGGCAAGUCACGAAAUGGCUACAACGAUAACCUCGCUGUUGAACUCCCUGCAUACCCACCUCCAGUCUCAAACCCAGCUGCUUCCUACUCUGCAUGCUCAGUUGGGACUGGCGGAAACCGCGCUCACAGACGAACUAGCAGAGCUUCAAGAACGGCUGACGGAAUGCAUCGAGACCCAGAUCGAUGUGAGGAGAAAGGAGGUCGACGAGUGGAUGGGCAAGUGCGAUGAUGUGGAGAAGGAGUGUCUGCGGUACACGAGGGCUUUGGGCGGGCACAUCAAGGCCGCUGGCACCAGCGUCGGCGAGAUCAGGAAGGAGGCAGUCCUUCCGAGGCGGUUCGAUAGGGCCAUGGAGUAUCAGGACAAGUUGAGACAGAUGUAUCAUACGAAGCUCGAGCAGUUGCUGACCUUGACGGGCCGCAUCUCCCAACUUGCCCACACCCUGGGUGUCGAUUUCUACUCUGAGGACAUUCUGGAACCUACUGCGGCUCUCGACGAGGACGAGGACGAUCCCAACUCGCAUCGCGAUGUCACACCUGAGCGGUUUUCGAAGCUCGAGAAGGAGCUUGUCCGCGGCAAGGGCGAAGUUUCGAAACGGCUCACACAGCUGUCCGCGAUGCUAAUUCAGAUAGACUGGCUAUAUACCGAGCUGGGAAUGGAGCCUCCCGGUCCUGAUGAAGCACCUUCCUCGUUGUCCAUUUUCCGUUCAUCUAGUCUCACCCGUCCGACGCCCUCCCGCAGUGCUCGAUCUACACUUCUGACUGUUGCUGAUCCGUUCCUCUCUUCAUCCAUCUCCUCCUCACUGUCAAUGUCCACGCCGACUCCUGCUUCGCGUGGCGAACGGCUGACGCCGCUCAUGCUGCUUGCCACCCCCGACGAGCCAGACGUGACCUCCUCUGAUGACGAAUAUCGACGUAUUCUUGCUCAUUUUGUGUCUUGCAUCGAGAAACUGUCCAGCGAGGAGCUUGACGACCCGAAGAACUCACACGUCGGUCUCGAGGGUGUCGACCCGACGCCGGACCUUAUCGCCUGGGCAGAAGCUACCCGUGCUGACCUCGAAGGGAUCAAGCACCGCAGGGAAGCACAUAUUCAGGCAAUGUACGAUCAGCUGGAGGCUCUUUGGCGUAGGCUCGGCGUGAAAGAGGCUGAGAUGGACGGAUUCGUCGAGACUCAGCGAGGCAGCACGGAGACAACUGUCAAGGCGUACGAGGAUGAACUGGAGCGGAUGCUCGAGCUGAAGCGUGAACGGAUGAGUACGUUUGUGGAGAACGCGAGGGAAGAGAUCGUCAAGCUGUGGGAUGAGUUGAUGAUUGGAGACGAAGAGCGGGCGGACUUUGCUCCAUUUGCAGACGAUGAGCACACAGAAGAGCUUCUCUCGAUACACGAAGAGGAGAUCGACAGGCUUAAGGAAGAACGCAAGCUGAAGGGACCACUGCUCACGAGCAUCAAGAGAUACUUGGACAUUUGCGAGGACGAGAAGGAACUUGCUGCUGCAGCAAGUGACCAGAGCCGGCUGCUAGGUCGUGGGCCUCGGGACCCAGGACGUCUCCUGCGCGAAGAGAAGAUGCGCAAGCGGGUGUCGAAGGAGAAGCCACGGCUUGAACAAGACCUUCUGACAUCGAUACCAGCAUGGGAGGAAGCGACAGGCCGCGUCUUCCUCGUGCAUGGCCAGAGGAUGUUGCAAACUCUGAGCGAGGCAGUGAGUGCGAACGACAAGGAGAACAACAAGCGAGUGAAGACGCCAACGGGCCUCAAUGGCUCGGCUCCUCCGCGGGUCAAGACGCCAUCCAAUGCUCAUGCAUCUCAUCAGUUUGUUCCGGGCAAGAGUACCAUCUCCGCAACACCGGCAAAUCGUCCCGUCACGCGUUCCACGUCAGCCUCUCAGUCCGUGCCUGCUAAACGCGCUUCAAGGCUAGGCGAGGCCACUGCGACGCACAGUAACGUGCCACAACGUUCGGGAAGCAGAUCGACGAGUGGGAAUACAGCGACGUCCACCUCAAAGGUCGCUGCGAAGACACCGAUCGCGUCGUCCCUUCCACGCGCGACACCGGGAGGAAUGUCCACAUCGAAGCUCAGCAGGCUUCGCAAUCCUCCUAGCCACGGCAGAAUGGGGCCCGCGCGCACGCAGCACGCAUAUAACUAUCAUCCGUAUAAGCAGCCCAAAGGCCGAGCGGCGAUGCAUGUUGCGGGUGGGGACAAGACGUAUGGUGCUGCUGCGAUGGCGAAGAAGGCAGCGAGGGCGCGGCGCGAGAGCUUCAAGCCGCGGCCGAGUGUGGACGACAAGUGGGAUAGGGCAGUGGGGAGCAGUCAGGGCCGGUGGGCCGCUCUGGCGAGCGCUACGUUGAAGGAGGAGGAUGAGGACUGCUGAUCGUUUCAUAUCUUGUUCGCGUUAACUUUUGCCUUACUCGACGAGCCCAGAGAAACUCGCCAUUUUUUGUACAUUAUUCGCCGACGUUGUUAGUGUGAUGCGAUAUUUGCUUCAUCUUUUGUGCGACUCGCUGGACUCUGCGAAUGGCC